CGGCGCAGGCGGGGCGGGCCCGUAUCCCUGCGCGCUCCCGACGCUCCGGUCCCGGUCCCGGUCCCGGCCCGGUCCGGCCCGGCCAUGAAGUUCCUGUACAAGGAGGAGCACCCGUUCGAGAAGCGGCGCUGCGAGGGGGAGAAGAUCCGCAAGAAGUACCCGGACCGAGUGCCGGUGAUCGUGGAGAAGGCGCCCAAGGCCCGGAUCGGGGACCUGGACAAGAAGAAAUACCUGGUGCCCUCCGACCUCACAGUGGGGCAGUUCUAUUUCCUGAUCCGGAAGCGGAUCCACCUGCGGGCCGAGGACGCGCUCUUCUUCUUCGUCAACAACGUCAUCCCCCCCACCAGCGCCACCAUGGGCCAGCUCUACCAGGAGCACCACGAGGAGGAUUUCUUCCUUUACAUCGCCUACAGCGACGAGAGCGUCUACGGGGCCUGAGCGCGCGGCCGGGGCUCUCCCGCCCUUCCCGCCUUUUCCCGCUUUUUCCCCCUUUUUCCCCAUUUUUUGCCCCUUCCCGGUUUCUUUUCCCGCCCCCUCCCCCCAAUAAAAGCGACGGAGCCGCCUCAGGGCCAGGACCGGAA